AUGAUUUAUUAUGAAGAUGGCCAUUCCUGUUUCUCAAAAGAAAAGCCUGAGGAAAACAUUUGUGUGUUCGACUUCCUUAAAUUAGAGGAGUUAGCUGACGAAUUAGAAGAAGCGGCUAAAACUAAUCAGGAAUGCACAAGCGACGAAAAGAAUUAUCAGUGUAUUGAUUCAAGAUCAGUUUCCAAAGAUAUAGACGAAACUGUGUGUUCUGAAGCCAGCUUCGAUAACUGCUAUAUUAGUGAAAGCGAUUCCUUGGAAAUUAUUGGCAAAAUCCAUGGAAACUCAUCAGAAUCAAAAAGAGUUUCAGAAAUGAAUCAUUUUCAGGCAGCUCCAGAUUUUGCAUUGCGAUGUUCCGAGAGAAAUGAAGAUGCAAUUGAAGCACUAAAGCAAAGAGAUUGUAAAAAACUUCGAUGCUCUUUUGCGGAACCCGUUCAAGUUGAUUCUUAUGUGAGAGGAGAAUUUGCAAGUGAUGACUAUGAAACUUUAAUUUCGGUUGUUGACAUAGUUCCCAUUUCCGGUCCUUCUGAAAUCAAUAUAAAACCUCAGAGGAAGGAUAUAAGGAAAGUGCUCGUGUGCUAUGUGUGUAACAUUAGAUAUUCACGACAAAACUAUUUACAGAAACACAGCCGAACACAUACGGGCGAGAAGCACUAUUAG